CAACAAGCUAUCGGAUGUGAGCCUUUGAUGAAAUGGGCACUGCGCUGGCAUUUAAAUUCUUCGGAUAACCUAGAGUCAAAUGAACAAAGCCUUACAAACAAUAUAUUGUCGUUAUACACAUAAUAUAAUAACCCUUUUGCAUUCCCACUAUGCCGAGCAAUAAGCUUGAGAAACCUGACAAGCCGGAGGUCAAUGAUAAUGUCAAGGUGGUUGUGAGAUGUCGUCCCCUCAACCAGAAAGAGAAGAUGAUGAGCCACAAACAGGCUGUCAUGGUGGACGAGAUCCGUGGGACCAUAACAGUUAAUAAACUGGAGACUCCCCAUGAGCCUCCUAAGACCUUCACGUUUGACACUGUGUUUGGACCAGACAGCAAACAGCUGGAUGUCUACAACCUCACUGCCCGCCCCAUCAUUGACUCAGUGUUAGAGGGUUACAAUGGCACCAUUUUUGCAUAUGGGCAAACUGGCACAGGAAAAACAUUCACCAUGGAAGGCGUGAGAGCAGUGCCAGAACUUAGAGGGAUAAUCCCAAACUCCUUUGCUCAUAUUUUUGGUCACAUUGCCAAGGCAGAGGGUGACACAAGGUUUUUGGUUCGUGUUUCGUACCUGGAGAUUUACAAUGAAGAAGUGCGAGACUUGUUGGGCAAGGACCAGAUGCAGAGACUAGAGGUUAAAGAAAGACCUGAUGUUGGCGUGUAUAUCAAAGACCUCUCCGGCUAUGUCGUGAACAAUGCAGACGAUAUGGACAGGAUUAUGACGCUGGGACACAAAAACCGGUCUGUUGGUGCCACAAACAUGAAUGAGCACAGCUCCCGCUCUCACGCUAUCUUCACCAUCACCAUCGAGUGCAGCGAGAAGGGUGUGGAUGGAAACCAGCAUGUGCGCAUGGGAAAGCUUCAUCUGGUUGAUCUUGCAGGCUCGGAGAGACAGGGCAAGACUGGGGCCACAGGUCAGCGUUUAAAGGAAGCAACAAAGAUCAAUCUCUCUCUCUCCACACUGGGUAACGUCAUCUCUGCCUUGGUGGACGGCAAGAGCACACACGUGCCCUACAGGAACUCUAAACUAACCCGGCUGCUGCAGGAUUCACUUGGAGGAAACUCCAAGACCAUGAUGUGUGCAAAUAUAGGCCCUGCAGACUAUAACUACGAUGAGACCAUCAGCACCCUGCGCUACGCUAACAGGGCUAAAAACAUCAAAAACAAAGCCAGGAUCAAUGAAGAUCCUAAGGAUGCUCUGUUGCGCCAGUUUCAGAAAGAGAUUGAGGAGCUAAAGAAGAAACUAGUGGAAGGUGAAGAGAUCUCUGGCUCUGAGGGCAGUGGAUCAGAAGAGAUGGAUGAAGCUGAUGAUGACGGAGGAGAGGCAGGAGAAGGUCGCAGGAGAAGAAGGGAAGAAAGAGGGAGGAAGAAGGUUUCCCCAGACAAGAUGGUGGAGAUGCAGGCAAAGAUUGAAGAGGAAAGAAAGGCCUUAGAGGCCAAACUGGAUAUGGAGGAGGAGGAGAGGAACAAGGCAAGAGCAGAGCUGGAGAAGAGGGAGAAGGACCUUCUAAAAGCUCAACAAGAGCAUCACCUUCUUCUGGAGAAAUUGUCAGCCUUAGAGAAGAAGGUGAUUGUGGGUGGGGUGGACCUCUUGGCAAAGGCUGAGGAGCAGGAGAAGCUUUUGCAGGAGUCCAACAAUGAACUGGAAGAGCGUCGCAGGAGAGCAGAGCAGCUGCGGAGGGAGCUGGAAGAGAAAGAGCAAGAACGUCUGGACAUAGAAGAGAAGUACACUAGUCUGCAGGAGGAGGCUCAAGGAAAGACCAAGAAGCUAAAGAAAGUAUGGACCAUGCUGAUGGCUGCCAAGUCAGAGAUGGCAGACCUGCAGCAAGAACAUCACAGAGAGAUUGAGGGCCUCCUGGAGAACAUUCGCCAGCUGAGUCGUGAACUGCGGCUUCAGAUGCUCAUUAUAGACAACUUUAUUCCCCAGGAAUACCAGGAGAUGAUAGAGAAUUACGUGCACUGGAACGAAGACAUUGGAGAAUGGCAGCUGAAAUGUGUGGCAUACACUGGCAACAAUAUGAGAAAACAGACCCCUGCUCCUGACAAAAAAGAAAAAGACCCAUUUGAGGUCGAUCUGUCCCAUGUGUAUCUGGCCUACACAGAGGAGAGCAUGCGGCAGUCAAUGAUGAAACUGGAAAGACCCAGAACCUCUAAAAGCGGCAAAAGUGGUCGACCCAAAACUGGGAGAAGGAAAAGAUCUGCAAAGCCAGACGCUGCGAUCGAAUCCCUUCUGCAGUGAAGCCAGCGUAGAGCGGAGCGCCGUUUUACUGCAAGUUACAUGUUACAUGUUAGGAAAAGAAGUCGUUAGUCGAGAAUUUAUUGUUGAACAUUAUUAAAAAGAUUAUCUGAAUACACUGUAAAGCUGGUAAGUUUUUAAAUGUGAAGAAGCUGCACCUAUGAUAGCAUUAAGACCUCUUGGCCAAGGGGUCCUGGUAUUUGUAUUAUAGUGAAAGACUUCUUUGUGGAUGUCCAACAUUUUGAUGUUGCUUUGGAGCUCAUUUCAGUGGCAGCAGCCUAUGUUUAAAUUCAACUCUCUAAACUUAAGCAUUAGGGGGGAAUUCACCAUGAACACAAUUCAGUUACAACAUCACUGGUUUUGAAACAGUCUGAAAGAUUUUGAAAAUAGUCGUAGACAUGAACUAUGAGCUGCAUUCAUAUCAUCCAAAAUUUCUUGAGUGAUUUUAACACACGAUGUGUUUGGUGAUAAACACCACACUGAUUAAGGUGUAACUUCUAUAUGACUGAUUUCCUGCUAUGUGCAGACAUGACUUGUUAAACAGCCCUAAUACAUUAUAAUUGAAUUCUAAUUGAAGUGGGAAUGCCCUUUAAAUUAAAGCAAAUGAUUCUGCUUUGGGUAAGUGCUGUAGCCCUAGUUUUUCUGCCCAUUGAAUACAACAAGUCUUUAACAUGGAGAGAAUCAAAGAUAAACACUAAUGUGGAGGGAACAAGGAAAGGAGGGCAUGCUGCAUCAAGUAUGCAACUGAAAAGUGCAUUUUCUGUUUUUUUACUGUAGGUCAGAAGAAUAGGGGUAUGCAUGUCAGCCGGCUCUUAUGUUAGUGCCAUUUGCUAAUAUAAGCAAAUCAUGUUUUUAUUCAAAUGUGAGAUCCCUUUGUGUUUUAUUGAAAUACACCAUACAUACUGUACGCCUUAGUCUAAUGCACUAGUAUGAGAAUUUAAUUUCAUGGUGUUCUGUAGCGGAGGAUAAGUGAGUUUUAUUUUGUAUCAUAAUGUAUGUCAAAUGUUUACUUUCAUCAAUCCCCUGGAUAUUUAUUAAAUUAUUUUACACGUUUUAUCUCA